AUGUCAAACGAAGAAGAUCUAAAUGCAAAUAAAAAUGACGGAGCACGGUACAAUGUUGAUGCUACAAUCUCAGAUACUUCCUAUCGUAUUUCCUUUCGGCGUGAUAGUGAAUUCUAUUUCUCUUCAGUUACAAUUCAAAAUACAAAUUUUCACGAAACUCAUGCAUUUGGUAUAGGUGUUGGCUUCGGAUCUGGCGGAGCAAUCUUUUUAUCAUAUUGUACAAUGCUUGCUAUUGAUACAGAAUUUGUAUCUUGCGAGGCCUCGAAUGGCGGAGCUACUUGUUCACUUUGUUCAUUAAUGUGCAUUGAGAGAUGCAAGUUUAUAGGCGAUAUGUCAUUUCGUUUCGGCGGCAGCAUCUAUUUUCAAGGAGGAUUUAAAAAUACAAAUAAUUACAGCCCAGGAAAUGCAUUUUUAUGCUAUAAUAGCGAAUUUACGUCCAAUGUUGCCUCUGAAUAUGGAGGUGCUCUAUCAUUUUCGAUGGCUGUAACAGUUUAUUUGGAAAAUUGUAAAAUAACCGGAAAUUCUGCAGGUUACAACGGUGCUGGAUUGUAUUCUUGCAACUCAGAAUUCAUCAAAAUCUUUAAUUCGCAAAUACUUUCCAACAAACUUGAAUUUUCUUCCUAUUUAAACAACAAUUCUCGUUUCUUCCACUAUAACAUGCAUAGUAACCUGGAAACCCCUGAUAUUCCUGCAUUCAGUAUUCGCGGAGGAGCAGGAGUUUGUGUUGUUGCAGAUUAUGUGUUUCAAUCUACUUUUCCGACCUCGACAUUCUACUCGCAAGGUAACUGCUAUGGAGGAAAUUCAGCAGGAAGCCAUGCCAUAACAAAAGGAAAUGGUCCUGGCCAUGCAAUUUUACUUGAUGGAAAUUGUCAGCUGCAAUCAUUGAAUGACAACUUCGGAAGCACCAAGCAAUUUAAUAAUAUCAUUUCUAAAGCAGGCCCGCUCACAGAAUACCCUGUUUUAGUUAAUUAUGUUGAAAUUCCUACAGAUUGUGGAGAAAUGGCCGAUAACUCUGAAAUUGACCGUGAAGAAAUAGAUACUGUUAAUAUUAGUAAUACCGGUAACAUGUUUUUAACAAGUUUUGUCCCACCUCCAACAACAUUUGUUUUACCGGCUACUCCUUUCAUCAAAUUUCAACCGAAUGUGACAGCAAAAAGAGAUUCCACGUGGAUUGGCCAAUUUACGACUCUUUCAAUGAAAAGUAUUUCAAGACCAACUGAAAUAUCCACUAAAACACGAUUACCAACAAGGUCAUUGUUCUCAGGUUGGUAUGUUCCUCCAGAGUCAUUCGAAGGACCGAGCACGAAGACAUCGUCGGUUCUAGUGUUGGUGCAUUCAUCGUCAUCUGUCUUGUUUGUAUCCUUAUCUGGUUCUUCGUUCAUCGUUCACGGAACGAAGAUGUCAGUAGUUGUAUACCGUGGUACUACUAGCACAACAGUUCCAGUUACUAACGACAACCCUCUUUGGACUACAUCUAUUGCAGGCGACGUCGACGACCCAUUCAAGAACGACUUCGAAGAAGAAUAUCAACAUGGUUUCUUCAACAUCAAAGACACUGGAAUUGAAUAA